UAAGAGGAAGAUCUAUGAGGCAUGAAGCCUUCGAUCAGGGUUGGAAGAAAGUAAAAUGAAUGCAGUGAUAGCAGACUGCCACUAAGACCCAUGGACAAUGCUACACUCACACUUCUCUAUCGAACUUUAAGAUUAACUAGUAAUAUGCUACCUUUGCGAGAUGAAAAGAAACUAAUGCCAAGAAGGCAUAUUCUUCAGUAUUUGGAAUAGUCGUGCUCUCAAAACCAUGGCUUCAAAGGUGUCCUGUCUGUAUGUUUUGACAGUUGUGUGCUGGGCCAGCGCUCUCUGGUACUUGAGCGUAACUCGUCCUACUUCUUCCUACUCUGGCUCCAAGCCAUUCAGCCACCUAACAGUUGCCAGGAAAAACUUCACGUUUGGCAACAUAAGAACUCGACCUAUAAACCCACAUUCUUUUGAAUUUCUUAUAAAUGAGCCCAACAAAUGUGAGAAAAACAUUCCUUUCCUUGUUAUCCUCAUCAGCACCACCCACAAAGAAUUUGAUGCCCGCCAGGCCAUCCGAGAGACAUGGGGGGACGAGAACAGCUUUAAAGGGAUCAAGAUCGCCACGCUGUUCCUCCUGGGCAAGAACGCCGAUCCUGUUCUGAAUCAGAUGGUGGAGCAAGAGAGCCAAAUCUUCCACGACAUCAUCGUGGAGGACUUCAUCGACUCCUACCAUAACCUUACCCUCAAAACACUGAUGGGGAUGAGAUGGGUGGCCACUUUUUGUUCAAAAGCCAAGUAUGUCAUGAAAACAGACAGUGACAUUUUUGUAAACAUGGACAAUCUUAUUUAUAAACUACUAAAACCCUCCACCAAACCAAGAAGGAGGUAUUUUACUGGCUAUGUCAUCAAUGGAGGGCCCAUCCGGGACGUCCGCAGUAAGUGGUACAUGCCCAGGGAUUUGUACCCUGACAGUAACUACCCGCCGUUCUGUUCGGGGACUGGCUAUAUCUUCUCAGCCGAUGUGGCUGAACUCAUUUACAAGACCUCACUCCACACAAGGCUGCUUCACCUGGAAGACGUCUAUGUAGGACUGUGUCUUCGCAAGCUGGGCAUUCAUCCUUUUCAGAACAGUGGCUUCAAUCACUGGAAAAUGGCCUACAGUUUGUGUAGGUACCGCCGAGUUAUCACUGUGCAUCAGAUCUCUCCGGAAGAGAUGCACAGAAUCUGGAAUGACAUGUCAAGCAAGAAGCAUCUCAGAUGUUAGGGUUUUUACCAGUGUAAAUACAUUUCUUUUUUAAGAAACGGGGCUUGGGUGUUGGUAUUUUACAGGUGUCACCAGGAGAAGUGAACUGGUGAAGGGGUUUUGUAAAAAGCGUUUUCUUCCCGCUCCUAGUUCCUUUCUUGGAUUGCCAAUUUACAAGCAUUAGGCUCCAAUCAUAGAAACAAUGCAUAAGUGAGAAGGGCCAGAUUUUAUUCUCAGGUCCUAAGGCCUUGCAUUUAUCUCAAAAAGCAACUUCCUACCAACUGCUAGGAUUUCCAUACUGUGCGUCUGAGAUACAAAUCUGGUUCUGGGAAACUGAAACUCAUAGUAAAUGUCUUCAUUGCAUCUCUGCAGAAGUAAAGAAAUAACUCCUUUUCAAAAACAACUCAGAAGUAAUGCACAGUUAGGAAGACACACUGGAUGCGAAUGAUUAGUAUUGUGUGUGCUGUUACAUUGAAUUUUUACAUACAUUACCACAUCAUGUGUACAGUAUCUGUGGUUCCAACAAGAAAUGAACUUACUAGUAGUACUUGCAGGGAGGCUGCAGUUAAAUAAAUGGAAGUUUAAACUUAAGAAUCAAAUACUUUGUAUGUUUGGAAGAUGAUUUUGCUUGCUCAUCGAACACACAUGACUUGUGCCUCCAAGGCGAUUUUGCCAGAUGUCAUCGUUUCUGCUACCCUCUACAUCAUGUAGCUAAAUGCAUUUUACAGUUUCUGUCUCAAGCAGGCACAUGUGUAGAAAUAAGUUGGUGGGAGGCCAGAAGAACAAUAAAUCACACAGAGAAAAUACAAAUUUACAUAUGCAUUAUAAUUCACAUAAGCUUAGCAAUCGUAUAAGAUGUCCUUCCCACACAUUUGCAAAGUACAUGAGAAAAAUCUUUUAUUAGCAGAUACCAACGUUAUUGAAUGAUUUAGCCCUACAGCUAAGAGAUAUAAUACUCUCUAAUAUUCGAAACAUCCAAGUACCUCUAUCAUCCUUGCUGAUAGGAAUGUUCUGAAGGCUCUGUAAUUGGGGUUCAUGGGAAAGAAGAGGGGGAAGCUUGAGUUCAGGUUCUACUGAUGCCAUAAUACAGUUGGGUCAUGUAAGCAGGUAUCUUUACCUUAUUGUGCUUCAAAUACGCUCAUUUAUAAAAUGGCUGGAAAAAACACCUACCUCACAGGUGCUGUGAGAGCAAAUCUCAUUUUCUAAGUAUUUUGAGAUCCUUGGUUUAAAAGGUGCUACGUAAUGCAACGUAUCAUGCAUUAUGCUAAAUGCUAAAAUGAUGGUCAGAAGUAGUAGUCACAUCAUUUUAAUAUAAAUCUGCCAAAAUAAAGAUUAGAUAUGAACUGUUAUUGCACCUGAUUCUUCUAAAACUUUUCCUUGGAGAUGUUAAUUGUUUGUGGAAGCUUCGAUUUCUCUGUCAUUCAUUCUGGUUUCAAUGAAUAAGUUAUUAUUUCAGUGCAUUGCCCUGAUCUCCCAGGAUGCUGAAAGGGAAGGCAGCUGGCUUUCUUUGGGGAGGAGCCUCUGGCGAGGGGUAUAUUAGAGCAAUUGAAGCACAUGCUUUGCAAAAUGUAUCACAGCAACUUAGAUCUCAGGAAACUUGAGACUUGAUCUGAAGUCUCAGUCAGAACUGUGAGGAUCAGUGGAGCUAGUCCACUUCUAUGGGAAGAAUAGGCCCUCAGCAAACCACACAUUCCACAACUUCUAUCACUCAUUAGAAAACUUUGUUUUCAUUCAAAGGAAGGCCCACAACUGAAAGAGUAUAUCUUUUUUUUAAUAUGACCUUUGGAAGCCCCCCUAGAAGUUGGUAGCAAACAGGUAGACAAAAUGAAUAAAUGGAAGUCAUGGCCUAUUUACUGAAAACACUGGAUCUCUCAUCCCCAGCCCCAGAAGAACCCAAUGUGAGACAGGCCUCCCGGUCCCUUACUACAUCUUCAUCUCACAGUCAUCAGAACUGUAAGAACUGGGGAGAGAUGGAUUAGCACAGGUGAGCCACCCUCCAACCGCACCCUUCCUUUAACUGCUGUGAAUUCCAGUCACUGCAGAGGUCUCAUGACUUUGUACGUGGUUCACCUUUCAGUCAUGUGGCUGAGUCAAGCCUCUGUCUCAUACUACCGUCUUGCAUUCACCUUAUGCUGACUCAAGUCACCAUUGGUGUCAAGGAAUUACGUGCUAUAAACAUCAUAUAUGUACAUCUAUCAAUUGGGGUGUGUGUGUGUGUGUGUGUGUGUGUUAUGAAUAGAGCCCUAAUCUUUAAA